AUACAAGUUAAAUUAUCUGAAUCUACUUCUUUGAGUAUGGUACCACAGCUUUUCGAGAUGAAUAAUAGCCUAAAUGGUGAAUUUUGAUCCCGAGAGUUUCAACUGCUUAUUGGUAGAUUACAAGUAACCAAUAAUAAUCAUCCUAGCUUUAUUUACGUUAGUAACCCUUGAUCAUUUGCCAAACAAAUAACUUCAAUUUUCGUCCAUGUUCAAAGCCCUAGGCCUAAAACUCUACACGAAUAUAUUAAUCAUUAUAAACAUUAGUUCCUAAGAUCAUGAUCAAAUGCAUUCCACCCUCUUCUAUAAAAUCUCUUAAUCACCAAUGGAACAAAUAUCUAAUAUAUUGGAACACGUAUGUACUAUUUUCACUGUAAAUACUCCCGGUUGUCAUUGCUUCCUUAAAAUUUUUUUGAAUGCGAAAGGAAUUAAGCGCGACUCACUUAGUGCAUAUCUGACUUCUAAAAGAGAAAUAAUAAUAAAUGCAAAAACCGAAACAAGCAAAACAGAUGAAAUAAUCUGUCGUGAAGUUCAAAAUAAGCUUACUGUGCCUCAAAAUGUGAUGGCUGAAAACUCUAAAAUCAUGUUAUUACGAAAUGGUCUCCUUCUAAUUGAUAUUCCAUAUAUGUCUUUUGAUUUAAGCAAACCAAAACAAAGUAAAGAAUGUGAUAGUACAACAUUACAGGAAUGCAAAAGUUCUAUUCCAAAUGAGCCUGAUAUCGAACUGGAUAAUGGUGAAAAAUUACAAAUACAACAUCUUGAUCGACAUAAAACUAUACGCGAAGGGAAUAAACUCAUUUUCGUGAUCCCCUUAGAUAAAAAUUUCAAGGAAGAGAAUAUAAAGGUCACUGUUGUACAGCGUUCAGUAUGCAUAACAAUUACUAACCUUGAUUAUUCAAUAGUGAAACAUAACUCUAAUAAAUCUGAUUCCAAACAUCUUGUCCAACGAACAUAUUAUAAAGAAUAUGAGGCUUCUGAUUGUAUUCCUGAUCCUGAAUCAAUUAAUUUUUAUGUUGAUAAUAAUCGUCUUAUUGUUAAUUUAAACAUAACCAAAACGUCACAACAAUCCCAGAUAACAUGAAAAUUCCUCUAAUACAGAACCUGAUUUUAUAAAUAGUAACAGUGGGAAAGUGUUUGAUUAUUUUGAAUUUUAUUUUUUCAACAUGGACUGUAAUUUAUCAUACUACUCUGUUACAGUAAGUAAUACAUCAUUUCAUUAACGUUGUAUUAUUCUAUUAUUAUUUGAAAGAAAAUACAUAAAUACUGUGGAAGUUUAUAAAUUGUUCAAACAUAUUUUUGUUUUAUGCACAAUAUUAAAAUCCUAAUCAAAGCUUUUAGAUCUUAACUAACAACGUUGUUUUAUGUAAAGUUGACACAAUUUGUUUAGCAAACAAUGUAUCAAGUAUAGUAUUUAUCAUACCACAGAAACAUCGUAUGGAUUGUGUCAAUUAAGUGGUAUAUUGCUUGAACUAAUGUAAAUCGUAUGACAGAAGACGAUUAAUUAAAAAAAACCGAGUUACUGACAAAAGAAAGAGGAUACCGGCUAACUAAAAGAGUCUGUUUCAUUCAAAAAACAUGAUGUACACUUAGAUACUAUAUAUAUAUAUAUAUAUGCAGAGAGAAUGAACAGGAAUUUUCUUUGGAUACGGAUUGUGUAUUUUACCCCAUAAUCAGACGAAUAUGAGACUAGAAUUUCACUGUUAUUACCAUAAACAAGUAUUAUUGUAAUUUCCUUCGGAAAACAAACAUUCUUUACCA